AUGGACAUGAUUUGUUGCACUUUCCAUUUGCUGUUUCUGUGGGGCGAGCAGUCAGACGACGUGUUCGAUGCUCUGGCUGGAGACUUCAUGAAGCCCAGGAUACAGGAGGUGGACCAGCUCCUCAAGCUCGGCGUCAAUGUCACCGUCUACAGCGGACAGGUCGACCUCAUCUGGGCGACCAAAGGCACCAUGGACUGGGUUCAGAAGCUCAAGUUGGACGGCCUCAACAGUUUCAUGAGCUCUCCCAGAACGCCCAUCUACUGCAACAAGGAGGGGCAGUCCGACACCCAGGCCUUCGUCAAGUCCUACAAGAACCUCAACUUCUAUUGGAUACUCGAAGCCGGACACAUGGUACCUCUGGACAACCCUUGCCCUGCGCUCAAGAUGCUGGCUGACAUUACGCGAUCUCCUGCCGAGUAGCAGGAGGAAGCAAACAAGGCGAUGGAAUGGAACGACCUGACACCAGUUCUUCAAGAUUCUUCUCUUUUAAAGUUCCGUAGCACUUCAUUCAUUCAGUCAGCCAGUCUAUCUUUUCAUAUAGUCA